AUGUGCAUCGCAUUAAUAUCCACCGCUCAUCCAUCCUACCCAUUAAUCAUCAUCAACAACAGAGAUGAAUAUCUUCACCGCCCAACCUCCCCCGCAAACUACUGGCCCGAACCAAACACCCACAUCCUCGGCGGGCGCGACCUCGCCCGCUCCACGCACGGCACCUGGAUGGGCGUGAGCAUCUCCGGAAAAAUCGCCGUCUUGACAAACUACCGCGAAAAGACCUCGGACGAAGCCACGGGCAACAAGUCGCGCGGAACGAUCGUGAACGGAUGGCUAACGCUCCCUCCGAGCGAACGGACCCCGACGCUCGACUUCGUCUCCGGGAUGGUGAAUAGCCCCGAAGCGCGGAAUGUGGGCGGAUUCAGUCUGGUAUGUGGGUAUGUGGGCGAGCCGUUGGCGAUCGUGUCGAAUCGGAGCGAGGACGUCGAGAGCGUGAGUUGGGUUGCGAAGGAGAGGGGUGAGACGCGGGGAUUGAGUAAUACGACGUUUGAGGAUCGGUCGUGGCCGAAGAUCUUGGAGGGGGAGAGGUUGAUGGAGGAGCUUAUUGGGAGACAUGGUGGUGCUGGUGGCGCUGGGGAGGAGGAAGAUAGGUUGAUUGAUGGGUUUUUGGAUCUGCUGAGCAAAAAUACAUUGCCGGAGCUGGGGGAGGAUGCCACAGCGGAGGAUUAUCUGCCGUUCUUUCGGCAAAGUAUUUUCAUUCCGUUGCUGGGGAGGAAGGAGGAUGAAGUGAGGGCAAAGGCGGCGGCGGCGCGGGGGUCUGAGGUCGGUGGCGAUGACUCGUUGGAUCGGAGUUAUUUGCACGGGUCGUAUGGGACGCAGAAGCAGACGGUGAUUCUGGUGCGGCAGGACGGCACGGUGCGGUAUUUCGAGCGAACGCUAUAUGAUAAUGAUGCGAAGCCCGUGCCGACUGGAGAGGGGGAUCGGUCGUUUGAAUUUCCGGUGUCGAAAUAG